GAGACGGCGGAAGUGGGGGAGGCACAAGAAGCGGAGCGCGAGCGAGGCUGUAGGGUAGACGGACGGAAAGCGAGCGGCCGCUGAGGAAAGAUCACGGCUUCGAUCUUCUCGUCAAACCAUUAGCCAAGCAGGGGUGGGCGGGGAAGAGAAAGCAAUAAAUAAGCUGCUAUUUGAAGCUCUUUCGUUUGCUCUGCUUACGUUGCCCUGUUUCUCUGUGCGUGUUUGCAUCGGGAUUUGUCGAAAGGACGGCUGAUCGUGAUUGAAACCGCGCCGCUCUCUGGUGACUUUUUGCUCCCGGUUUGCCACACCUGGUGGAGUCUUACAUUAAUUUUCUGCUCCUCUCCUCGUCAGGUUUCUUUCUCUUUCUUUUUUAUCCCCCCUUCCCCGCCCCUUGUAAGCUCCCAUCGCUCGCACCGGACAUGGUCGACUAUCACGAAGCCAACUCGCAGUUCCAGCAGCCCAACCAUGGCGACUACAUGCAGCCCGAGGAGGAUUGGGACCGCGACUUGUUGCUGGACCCAGCCUGGGAGCGACAGCAAAGGAAGACAUUUACUGCAUGGUGCAACUCUCACUUACGUAAGGCAGGGACACAGAUUGAAGUAAUUGAAGAAGAUUUCAGAGAUGGACUUAAACUUAUGCUACUACUGGAGGUGAUUUCAGGAGAGCGCUUACCUAAACCGGAGCGUGGGAAAAUGAGGGUGCAUAAAAUAAACAACGUCAAUAAAGCGUUGGAUUUCAUCGCAUCCAAAGGAGUAAAACUAGUGUCCAUUGGGGCAGAAGAAAUUGUGGACGGGAACGUUAAGAUGACUCUAGGUAUGAUCUGGACUAUCAUACUUCGUUUUGCUAUUCAAGACAUAUCUGUUGAGGAGACCUCUGCCAAGGAGGGAUUGCUGCUGUGGUGCCAGAGAAAGACUGCACCGUACAAGAAUGUAAAUGUGCAGAACUUCCACAUCAGUUGGAAGGAUGGUUUGGCAUUCAACGCGCUCAUCCAUAGACAUAGACCAGAACUUAUCGACUAUGAUAAGCUGAGGAAGGAUGAUCCACUGACAAACCUGAACAAUGCCUUUGAAGUGGCUGAGAAGUACCUGGACAUACCCAAGAUGUUGGAUGCAGAGGACAUUGUGAACACCGCUCGCCCUGAUGAGAAGGCUAUUAUGACCUAUGUCUCCUGCUUCUACCAUGCCUUUUCAGGAGCACAGAAGGCUGAGACUGCAGCCAAUAGGAUUUGCAAAGUCCUGGCAGUAAACCAAGAAAAUGAACAUCUGAUGGAGGAUUAUGAAAAACUGGCCAGUGAUUUGCUGGAGUGGAUUCGUCAAACCAAACCUUGGCUAGAGAACAGAGAACCUGAGAAAACAAUGCAAGCUAUGCAGCAAAAACUGGAAGACUUCCGUGAUUACCGCCGUGUCCACAAACCUCCCAAAGUGCAGGAGAAGUGCCAGCUUGAGAUCAACUUCAAUACCUUGCAGACCAAACUCCGACUCAGCAAUCGACCAGCUUUCAUGCCAUCUGAAGGGAAAAUGGUCUCGGAUAUUAAUAAUGCAUGGCAAGGGCUGGAGCAGGCGGAGAAGGGCUAUGAGGAAUGGCUGCUGAAUGAGAUAAGGAGACUGGAAAGACUUGAUCAUUUGGCAGAAAAGUUCAGGCAAAAAGCCACCAUUCAUGAAGAUUGGACCAAAGAUAAAGAGGCAAUGUUGACACAGAAAGACUAUGAAACAGCUACGCUGGCUGACAUUAAAGCCUUGCUGAAGAAACAUGAAGCAUUUGAGAGUGAUCUGGCAGCUCACCAAGACAGAGUGGAGCAGAUUGCUGCUAUUGCACAAGAACUCAAUGACCUGGAUUAUUAUGAUUCUCCUAAUGUAAAUGCACGCUGCCAGACUAUCUGUGACCACUGGGAUACUCUGGGCUCUUUGACACAGAGCAGGAGGGAUGCCCUAGAAAGGACUGAAAAACUGCAGGAAACAAUUGAUCAGUUAUACCUGGAAUAUGCCAAAAGAGCUGCACCUUUCAAUAACUGGAUGGAGGGAGCGAUGGAAGAUUUGCAAGACAUGUUUAUCGUUCAUACCACUGAGGAGAUCCAGGGUCUCAUUGCAGCACAUGAACAAUUCAAAGAAACAUUGCCAGAUGCUGACAAAGAGCGCGAGGCCAUCCUGGGCAUCCAUAAUGAAAUGAUGAAGAUUGCUCAGUCCUAUAAUAUCAAAUUAUCUGGUGUAAAUCCUUACACAUCUAUCACUUCACAGAGUAUUAAUGAUAAAUGGGAUAAGGUUCAACAGUUUGUGCCAGCACGGGACCAAGCCUUGCAAGCAGAAUUUAACAAGCAACAGUCCAACGAACACCUGCGUGAACAGUUUGCAAAUAAGGCUAAUGUUGUUGGACCCUGGAUUCAGACAAAAAUGCAGGAAAUUGGUCGGAUUUCUAUUGAAAUGCAUGGCACACUGGAAGACCAACUAAAUCAACUGAAGCAGUAUGAGAGCAGUAUCAUCAAUUACAAACCAAACAUUGAGAAAUUGGAGCAGGAUCAUCAGCUCAUCCAGGAGGCGCUCAUCUUUGAUAACAAGCACACCAACUAUACGAUGGAGCACAUCAGAGUUGGCUGGGAACAGCUGUUGACCACAAUUGCCAGAACCAUCAAUGAAAUAGAAAACCAAAUCCUCACCCGUGAUGCAAAAGGCAUCAGCCAGGAUCAACUGAAUGAGUUCCGAUCGUCAUUUAAUCACUUUGACAAGGACCAUACCGGGAAACUGGGACCUGAAGAAUUUAAAGCCUGCCUUAUCAGCUUGGGCUACGAUGUUGGAAAUGACCAGCAGAAGCGAACGGGGCUGAUGGACGCUGAUGAUUUUCGAGCUCUCCUUAUCUCUACGGGCUACAGUCUGGGUGAAGCGGAGUUUGCACGAAUAAUGAGUAUUGUUGCCCCCAACAACACUGAAGAAGUCUCAUUCCAAGCCUUUAUUGACUUCAUGUCACGUGAGACAACAGACACUGACACAGCUGAACAAGUGAUGGCCUCCUUCAAGAUUCUGGCAGGAGACAAGAGUUACAUCACAGCAGAGGAGCUGAGACGUGAGCUUCCCCCUGAUCAAGCUGAAUACUGUAUUGCCCGGAUGGCUCCGUAUAGAGGACCUGACGCAGUGCCUGGUGCUUUGGAUUACAUGUCCUUCUCCACAGCUUUAUAUGGUGAAAGUGACCUGUAAUCUGAUCUUUCUACAGCCAGCCCACUCUUCUUUUAUUCCCUCUUUCUUGCACGCACGCUCUCUCCACCACCACCUAAAGUCAGUGCUAUAAACAGCAUAUUGGAAUUAGCACAUGCAUUUACUGAAGAACCUUUUUACUGUACAUUCCAUUAUGUCUUAUUAUGACUUUCAGUCUUGAAUCUAUGCAAAUAUUUCCAUUUUCUGUUUCUAUAUUGGGGUGGUAAUUUGCAAACAUUUUUUCCAAACUGUUACAAUUUGGAGAAUAUCAACUAAGUGCCACAGGAACUGUGAAUUUGUCUGGGAAUUUGGAGGUUUUGAUUUUUAAAGUCUGAAAAUUCCAUAGGAAUCUGGCUCCUUUGUAUUUUUCCAACUGUGUACUUGAUACUGUAAAACUAAAUAUUUUUGUACUAUAAAUAUUUAGUAUUCCCGCUGUUUUCACUCUCCUGUUUUCCACCCUCCUCCCCC